AUGAUAAAUGGAAAUAAGUUUUUAGAGUAUUUCCAAGGAAAGUCCAUUUUUAUAACGGGAUGCACAGGUUCCGUGGGAAUGGCUCUUCUGGAGAAAUUCCUAAGAUCAUUUCCUCAAAUCCAGAAAAUUAUUUUGCUUGUUAGAAGCAAGAAAUCGAGUAAUGCAACAUCAAGGAUAUUGCAUUAUUUUGAAAAUCCUAUAUUUUCGGUGAUGAAAGAAGUGAAUAAGGAUUAUUUAAAGAAAAUUUUGUGGGUGGAAGGUGAUGUGAUUAAACCGAAUCUUGGAUUAGGCGAGGAAGAUCUUAGUUAUAUACAAAAUAAUGUAAAUAUUUUCUAUCAUUGCGCGGCAGCAGUUAAACUAGCAGACACUUUGAAGAAUAGCAUUCAAAAUAAUUUACAUGGAACUGAAAUGGUUUAUAAUGUAGCGAAAGGAUGCAGGAAUAUUCAGUGUUUCAUGUACGUAUCUACGAUUUUUUCAAAUCAUCGAGUUACUCCGACCGAAUUGAAAGAGGAAAUCUACAAGAAUCCCAUUAAUCCAAAUCUCCUGCUCGAGAUGGUCAACAGUCUGAACAAUGACGAACUGCAAGAACGUUGCAAGGAAUCUAAAGAUUGGUAAUGUAGUUAUGUUUUUAGCAAAAACGCGGCUGAAAAUCUGAUUGACAAUAAAAGAGAUAAUAUAAAAAAAGGAAUAUUACGAAUUGGAUGCGUGAUGGAAACUUACCAAGAACCUAUUGCUUCUUGGCUGAUAAACGAAAAUGCGCUCAAUGUGCUUCUGAAAAAUGCGACAACUGGAAUUGUUUUCAAAUGCCAUCCAAAUUCUAGCCUCUAUUGCGUACCUAUAGAUUUAUGCAUAAACGCCCUAAUAGCAUCAACAUACGAUACUGCACAUAUUCAAGAAAACCUCAAAGUUUACAACUUGGGAACAAAUCAUCCAAAAUUAUCCGAAAUAUUCAAAUGGUAUAUUUCGGAGAACGUGAAGAAUCCUUGGUUAAUCUUCGGUAGUUUAAAAUAUAGGUUUCUGUGUCACAUGAAAGAUUUGGUUCUGGAGAUGAGCGGAAAACGAGGAAUUUAUGUUAAAGAAAUGGAGGUGUUGGAACGUUUUAUAGAGAUCACGCGAGAAUUCGCGUACAAAGAGUUGUACUGUCACAGCGAGAAUCUGGAUGUCCUUUGGAAUGGUCUCAAUCAG